CUCUACUUUAAAGAGUCCUCUCCUGCUGAUGUUCAGGGCUCCUGUAGCGGCCCUCGGCCCCCACAGCAUGCAGGACAUGGAGCUGAGGGAGGAGUGGCAGGACGACGGCUUCCCCAGGCCUCUCCCCGAGGACUGUGGGAGUCCAGAGGAGCAGCGACCAGGUUCCCUAGCUCCGCCCACCAGCCUCGCCUUAUCAGGAGCCGGGGGGGGCGGGGCUAAGAAGCGUCUGGUGGCGCCCACGAUCAGCGAUGGAUUCUCUGCGGCCGCGCUGUCCAACGACACGCCGUCACUCGACAUCGACCUGGAGGCGCUGGAGACGCCGUCCGGCAGCGAGACGGGGACGCUGCCGGACGGAGUCUACGAGCUGGAGUGGGACGAUGACCUCCCCCGGAUGGCGAGGGCGGAGCCUGGUGCCGUGGGGGGGGCCCAGAGCCCGGUGGAGCAGGACCAGGUUCUGAUGGAGCAGGACCAGGUGGAUCAGAGGGGCCGGCGCUGGAGGACCUUCAACGUCUCCGGACACCAGUUCCAGGUCAACAUGAGCGUCCUGGAGCCCUACCUGCAGGUGCUGUCCCACGGAGGUUACUACGGAGACGAGAUGAACGCUGUCAUCCUGUUCACUUCCUGUUACCUGCCAGAGAACACGGUGGAGGACUACGAAUACGUGAUGGACAACCUGUUCAGGUACAUCGUGGGCACGUUGGACCUGAUGGUGUCGGAGAACUACCUGCUGGUGUACCUGUGUGCGAUGGCCCCCAGGAACAAGCUGCCCUCCAUCAAGUGGCUGAAGCAGUGCUACACCUCCAUUGACCGCAGGCUGAAGAAGGAUCUAAAGGGUCUGCUGGUGGUCCAUCCUGCCUGGUACAUCCGAGCUCUGCUCACCGUGGUCAAACCCUUCAUCAGUGAGAAAUUUGGCAGGAAGAUCCGGUUCAUCCAGACGCUGCAGGAGCUGUCAGAGCUCGUUCCCACAGACAGACUGCAGAUACCUGACGCUGUGAGACAGUUCGAUGCGGGGCUGAGGAGAUGACGGUCUCUGAGGUCACUUCCUGUACAGAACCAGAUCAGAGACUCUUUAUUUAUACUGUCUGUAACUCAGGGUUGAUG